UUGAUGUGGCCUGCCUGCCUCCACUACCACUAGCGCCUCCCCCAUUUGCCGCGGGCAACGGAGGAUAGCAGCGCAGCGGCACAGCAGCCAGAAGACGGCCAUGGCGGCUUCUACCGCGUCCCGCCUCUCGCCCCCUUGCCUCCACGCCGCUCCCCACCAUCCGCUCCGCCGCUCGCGUUUCUCCCCUCUACGCGCUGCCAAGUUGGAAGCUGUGUUAUCUAUUGGAACUCAUGUAAUCCCACACCCGAGAAAGGUUGAGACCGGAGGAGAAGAUGCUUUCUUUGUGGGCGGUGAUGGCGGUGGAGUAUUUGCCAUUGCAGACGGCGUUUCAGGAUGGGCAGAAAAGAAUGUCAACCCAGCUCUGUUUUCUCGAGAGCUUAUGGCAAACAGCUCUACUUUUAUCAAGGAUGAGGAGGUCAGUCAGGAUCCUCAAAUUCUUCUAAUGAAGGCUCAUGCUGCAACUUCUUCCAUUGGAUCUGCUACAGUAAUCGUCGCGAUGCUUGAGAAGACUGGAACCCUGAAAAUUGCGAGUGUAGGCGACUGUGGUUUGAAAGUUAUUCGAAAAGGCCAAGUGAUGUUCUCUACAUGCCCUCAAGAACAUUACUUUGAUUGUCCAUACCAGCUAAGCUCCGAGGCAAUUGGUCAAACAUCUCAAGAUGCAUUGGUUUGCACUGUAAAUCUUAUGGAGGGUGAUAUGAUAGUCAGUGGCUCAGAUGGAUUCUUCGACAAUAUAUUUGAUCAAGAGAUCCUUUCUGUCAUUAAUGAGUCUCCAGGCACAGAUGAAGCUGCAAAAGCUUUGGCAGAGCUUGCAAGAAAACAUUCAGUGGAUGUAACAUUCGAUUCACCCUACUCGAUGGAGGCCCGGAGUAGGGGUUUUGAUGUUCCUUGGUGGAAGAAGCUACUUGGAGCUAAGCUAGUAGGCGGUAAGAUGGACGACAUUACGGUCAUUGUCGCACAAGUUAAGACAGUGGUGAUCCCAGAUGAUGAGGGUAGUGGAGUUGAACUGGAGAAAGUGGGUGGCGAGCAACUCGCUGCUGCUGGAGUUGCAUCCACUGAACAGAAUGAAUGAAAAGGAGUUGUAUAUAUUGAAUAGAAAUUCAUUUUCUUUCCCAUUUUGGUCAUGUUGUACUAUACCGCAGUCCAAAGAAACUGAAGUGAAAUGUAGUAGUUGUGAAUACCCAUGCGUGUAUAAUUCCUGCAGAUUGGGCUUAUUAAUAUGAGUAAAAUUACUCUUUGAAUAUCGACUUAUUCAGGAGUGGAUUAA